AACAACGCUUUCGUAUUGUAUAAAGGCAGAAACUGUAAAGCAACCCGCUUUGAAUAUCAGUAAGAAAACUCAUCAAAGAAUAUAAAUAAUAAGUAGUUUUAAUAUCGUUCAGAUGAAAAAAAAAUAGUUAAAAUAUAUUGGGAAACUGAAAGUCAGCUAGAUCUAACACAUGUAGAAGCGGGCAUGUGAGGAAACGUUUGUUUAUUACUACGCUAACUGAUUUUGUAGUAUGAAUCCAUUGAUAUCUGUGUUAUCACAUGGAUGAAUUAAUAGUCGAUACAUUAUUUAUCAAUUACGUAUUUAUUGCGUUACCGAAACAUAUAUAUUUAUUAGUACUUUGGUAAAUGAAGAUCGCAUAUUCACAAUUUUCACGUCAAAGAAGAGAGAUCAAAUCUUAUGCUUAUGCCGACAUGGAUGAUCACCAAGAAUCGAGUUCUCUCAAGCAACUCUUCUCUCUAUCUUCAUCUCCUUUCCUCUCAACCUUCAAGAUCAAGAAACAUACAUUAUUCGUAAUCUCUCUUCUCAUUACUUUCCUUAUCUUCUUCGUCAUCGUCGUUGAUCUUGUCGGCUUCAAGCCUCGUCUCUCUAUCGGAUUCUUGUCGAAAACAUUAACUAAGAAACCAAGAAACAACGACGUAUGCGACUAUUCAUACGGUAAAUGGGUUCGUAGACGAAAACGUGACGUGCACGAAACCUAUUACGGAGAAGAGUGUCGGUUUCUGGAUUCUGGUUUUCGUUGUCUGAAUAGUGGAAGAAAAGAUUCUGGCUUCCGACAAUGGCGAUGGCAACCACACGGCUGCAAUCUUCCACGAUUCAACGCAAUUGAUUUUCUGGAGAGGAGUCGUAAUAGGAGGAUAGUGUUCGUCGGAGAUUCCAUCGGAAGGAACCAAUGGGAGUCUCUUUUGUGUAUGCUUUCACAAGCUGUGUCUAAUGAAUCUGAGAUAUAUGAAGUUAAUGGGAACCCUAUAACCAAGCACAAGGGCUUCCUUUCGAUGCGGUUUCCUGAACAUAACCUAACCGUUGAGUAUCAUAGAACUCCGUUUCUUGUUGUGAUUGGUCGGCCACCUGAGAACUCACCGGAAGACGUCAGAAUGACGGUUAGAGUCGAUGAGUUUAACUGGCAGUCAAAAAGAUGGGUCGGGUCUGAUGUUCUGGUGUUCAACACAGGACACUGGUGGAACGAGGACAAAACCUUUAACGCAGGUGUCUAUUUUCAGGAGGGAGGUAAGUUAAACAAGACAAUGAGUGUAAUGGAGGGGUUUGAGAAGUCUUUAAAGACAUGGAAGUCAUGGGUUGUACAGAAACUAGAUCCCAAUAGUAGUUAUAUCUUCUUCAGAAGCCUUUCUCCUGUGCAUUAUAGGAAUGGGACAUGGAACUUGGGUGGUUUGUGUGAUGCAGAGACAGAGCCAGAGAUUGAUAUGAAGAAGAUGGAAUCUGACCCUGUCCACAACUUUUAUAUCUCUAAAGUAAUACAAGAAAUGAGAUAUGAACAUAGUAGGGUUAAGUUUAUGAACAUUACAUACCUGACUGAGUUCAGGAAAGAUGGUCAUCCUUCAAGGUAUCGUGGUCCCGAUGUUCCUGAAAAUGCUCCUCAAGAUUGCAGUCACUGGUGCUUACCCGGUGUACCUGACACCUGGAAUGAGGUUCUCUAUGCGCAGCUAUUGUCAAUGAAUUACCGAACAAAAUGA